AUGGAUAUUGCUAACAGUAUGCGAUUUCAUGGUGAAAAAAUGAAUGAUAUAGCCAUUGUUGAAAAAAUCCUACGCUCCUUAACACCAAAGUUUGAUUAUGUGGUGUGCUCAAUUGAAGAGUCAAAUGAUAUUGAAGAUCUCUCCCUAGAUGAGCUUCAAAAUUCUUUGUUGGUCCAUGAACAAAAGAUGAAUAGAAGUUCAACAAUGGGGGAACAAGCAUUGAAGGCUUCUACCAAUACUCCUUCAUACAACUCUAGAGGAAAGGGUAGAGGUAGAGGUAGAGGAUGUGGGUGUGGAGGUCAUGGAAAUAGAGAUUUUAGCAAGAACUCUAGAGGCAACCAUGACCAAUUUCAAGAAAAGCGUGAAAGUUCAAAUUUUAUCAAGGAGAAAGAAGUAGAAACCCUAUUGAUGGCAGUUGAAGAUGCAAAAGACAGCGAGGCAAAAAUUUGGUAUGUUGAUACUGGCUGUAGUAAUCACAUGAGUGGAAGUAAGUCCUCUUUCUCAUAUUUAAAUGAAAAUUUUCAUUCUACCGUGAGCUUUGGUGAUUGCUCUACUGUGAAAGUGAUGGGAAAAGGUGAUAUAAAAUUAAAAACCAAGAAUGGUUUUGUAGAAACAAUUUCUAAUGUGCUUUAUGUCCCUGACUUGAAAAGAAACUUGUUAAGUGCUGGUCAAUUACAAGAAAAAGGUUAUGAAAUUUUUAUUAGCAAAGGUUAUUGUGAAAUUAUUGAUCCUGUUCGAGGUGCUAUUGCAAUUGUAAAAAUGAGUUCAAACAGGUUAUUCCCAUUGAAAAUUGAAAGCAUUCAAUCUGGUUUGUUGGCUAAAGCUACUGAUUCUGCUUGGUUGUGGCAUAUCGUUAUGGUCAUUUGA